AUGGAGCUGCUGUGUGCAGCAAGAGCAGGCCUUCUGCAUGGCACCAUCUGCCUGGUGCAGCACUCCCGACUACCGCUGCUAGCAGUCCGCUGGCCCCACUGCUCCCAACUGUAUGUUGGUCUCCCGGCACUCAGUCAGCUACCCAGCCAGCUGCCCAGGCAGCGCACCGACUUCAAGCAGCUGCAGAGUAGUGCCAACGAGCUGCUUCACUCGGCCCUGUCUGGGUGCAAGGAGCCUCUGACCGCCGCCGACUGGGAUCAGCUGACGUCCUCCUACCGCAGCCUGGUGCCAGCGGCCAGCCUGGACGCCAUCGACCACAAGGCGCUCAGUGCUUGCAAGACUGCGGGCGACUUUGCGUCGGCGCGCUCUCUCGUCCGGCACCGGCAGGCGACGGGCACGGUGGCCGCUGCCAACCUAGCCGUCUUCCUUGAGCUGGUGGCCACGUGCGGCGACGGCCGUGGUGACGACGACGCGCUGGCGGUACACGGCGCGCUGGUCGAUGCGCCACUGGACCGCGUCAGUGCCGGACGCGCCGUGGUGGGCCUGAGCGCCACGCGCCACUGGCGCCUGGCGCCGUCUUUCCUGCCGGCGGCGCGCCAGGGUGGCCACCUGCCGCGUGGGGCGCUGACGGCGCUGACGGUGGCGGCGGCCGAGGAGGGAGCGGCCGAGAUGGUGGCGCGACUGACACGCUACCUGGCGGAGAGUGGUGUACUGCUGAACGCCGACCAGGCGCUGCGGCUGCGCGAGCUCUUCACGGUGCGGCUGGGACAGCGCUGGACCGGCGAGGCCACGCACGUGUCCAACAGGGGUCGCUGCGAGCACUGCGGCCUGGUGCUGCCCGAGGCGGUGCUGAGCGAGGCCGACUUCGCCGAGGUGCGCGACGCCCUGGACCGGCACGUGCUGGUCGGUGAGGACGUGUUCCAGACGUCCACGCCGCAGGAAGUGGAGCGCUUCCGCCGUUUCGUGGCGCGCACCGCCCCCUACGACGUCGUAGUGGACGGGCUCAACGUCAGUUUCGCCUGCUCCAAGAGAAAGGGGUCGCCGUUGUCACGCGCGCUCGUCCAGGUGGUCGAUCACUUCGCGGUUCGAGAGGGCAAGAAGGUCCUGGUGAUUGGCCGCUACCACAUGCAGGGGUGGAAGAAACAAGACAUGACGUAUGUCAAACGUCACGCCCUUCUCUUCACUGCAGACAACAUGUCGGCGGACGACGCCUUCCUGCUGUACGCCGUGAUGCACUCGCACCAGCGCACGCAGUUCGUGACGGGGGACUUCUUCCGGGACCACGCGGCCCGGCUGCCAGCCGCCAUCCGCUCCAAGUUCAACCGGCUGGUGCGCUCCAACCGGCUGGAGGUGGAGCACGUCACCAGCGCCGGCAACCUCAACAUCAAGGUGCCGAUUAUGCACGAGGUUCGGGCGCAGUGUGAUCCGGCCGGGGGCUGGCACGUGCCCUUCACGGAGGAGCCCCAGUCCAACACGAGCACGGCCACGCCUAGCCCCACGCAGACACCGACGUGA